AGGAAGGAGGUGUGAGAUGAGACAUGCUUCCUCCAGUAAAGAGAGAGCAGAACCAUUUACCUUCCAGAGAAGGCAGAGAGAAGAGGGAGCCACAAAAUCCAUAGCCUGCUAUGCAGUAUUUAGCAUACGGACCAGUCACACUUUCCAAUGAACUGGUCAGGGUUUUUGAAACCAUGAUUAUUUCGGUAUACCCCUAUCCAGCAAAACUUGUGAGAUAGGAAGAGAUCAUGGGGACUUACUGUUCUGAGCUCAGUUGAAAAUGUCUGUCUCUGAAAGCCUGGCAUAAAGAUCUCCAGACAGCUAUCUGAUCACAGAACAGGAUUUAUGCCUAACUGCAGUGACACAGCAAUGAUAUCUUCUUCUGUGCUAAUGGAUGGAGGAGAUGAAGUGGAGUGCAGUAUUUUAAGAUUUCCAGAUCUGGACUUGAAAGAUCCUCUUCCUUUGACAGCCAAAAGCAAUCUCAAAGCGGAAUCAGAUACCAGUGUCAGAAAGAAGUAUGCAUUUGCAAAGAAGAAGGCAUUUGCCCUCUUUGUCAAAGCAAAGGAAGUGCAUGUCACAGCUAGCUGCCCUCCAGCUAUGUGCAGAGCGGGACUGGGGUGGAAAUGCUGCAGACAAACCUUUAACGACCUCACCGGCAUUCACAUACACGUCGCCACGCAGCAUUCCAGUGACAUCCGGCAGCAGACAGGUGUGAUUCUAAAGCAGUUGGCUGCUGAAGCCAGCACCUCAAGUAACCCAGCUUCUGCAGACGAGGCAGAUAGGCUAAGCGGUUCCACCUGUAACAGCCAGGAGCUCUCUGAUAGGCUCCCAGACACAAGCCACAUUAGUUUUGAUGAACUGACAAGUGGAGUGGGAGAAGUGCUGUUAUAUUACUGUUACCGGGAGGUGAAAGACCCAGUGAGGCUCUGUGCUUGGCAGAGGUCUCUGUGCCAGCACCUUCAUCUCACUGGCAAGGUGCGCAUUGCUACAGAAGGCAUUAAUGGGACAGUUGGUGGAAGCAAAGUAGCUACCAGUCUUUAUAUAGAGGCAAUGCUUUCCCACCCUCUGUUCAAAACGAUUUUGUGCAGAGAGGAUUUCAAGAGCAGUGCUGGAGGAGCUCACUGUUUCCCAGACCUUCGAGUUGGCGUAUUUGAAGAGAUUGUACCCAUGGGCAUCAAUCCAAACAAAGUCUCCUACAAAGAAACCGGAAUCCAUUUAUCCCCUGAGGAAUUUCAUAAAGAAGUAGAAAAAUAUUUAUCUCAGGCUCCUCAAGCACAAAGCGACACCAUUUUACUGGACUGCAGGAACUUUUAUGAAAGUAAAAUAGGUCAUUUCCAGGGCUGCCUGGCUCCAGACAUCAGGAAGUUCAGCUACUUCCCCAGCUAUGUAGACGACAAUCUUGAGCUUUUUAAAAACAAGCGUGUAUUGAUGUACUGUACAGGAGGGAUCCGCUGUGAGCGCGGCUCCGCCUACCUCAGGACCAAGGCUGCAUGCAGGGAGGUUUACCAGCUCAAGGGUGGCAUCCACAAGUACCUGGAAGAGUUUCCGGAUGGGUUCUACCGGGGGAAGCUGUUUGUGUUUGACCAACGUUACACCAUCUCUGCCAAUGAAGAUGUCAUUGCAGAAUGCAGGUACUGCAGGACGCUCUGGGAUCAGUACAAACUGUGCUCCAGCCUGCACUGCCGGCAGCUCGUCCUGACCUGCCCAAGCUGUCGAGCGAAGGGACUCACGGCUUGCUGCCCCGUUUGUCAGGAGAAAGGGCUCAAGCUGGCUUCAAACCCUUCUGGACGGAUGGUCAAGGAGGAAUGUGACUGCACGGACAGACGGCAGCGGGUCCCAGUCAAACACAUGACACAAGGAAAGGAGGAAUCAACUGGUUGAUGAAGGUUCUAACUGAAGAUAUCAGGUCACGUAAGUAACCUUCAUCUGUCUUGUCUGUUUAGACUGUAAAUUUGUCAAGGCAGGGACUAGUUCUUACAGUGUAUGUAUUGGGAUGGGACCCCCCAUCACUAAAAGCUACUACAGCCCCUCUGCAUCUAGGGGCAGUAACAACUCACAUCCUCUGAGAAUUGGCACAGACGACACCCUACAACACACACACACACCAGUGGGUUAAAUACGUACAGUGCCUGGCGCAAAGGGACCCUGAUCUCAGUUGGAUCUUGGCUGUAACAUAAGGAGAGGUUACUUACUUGUAUAGUAACUGGAGUUCUUUGAGACGUUCUCUCUCUAUGGGUGCUUCACUUUAGGUGUGCAUGCACGUGUGUGCUUUUGAUAGGAGAUUUGUGGUAGCAGUGUGUGGAGUCCGUACCUACGCUCUAUAUAUCCUAGUGCCCCAAUCUGAGGGCAUAUGGGAAGGACAGUCCCUCUGCUGCUCCAGUUCCUUCUCACCCACGAAACCUGGCCAGAAGCAAGGACUCCAAAGUAGAGGGGAAGGAGGGCAGAUAGCGGAGCACUCAUACAGAGAGAGCAUCUCAAAGAACUCCAGUAACUGCAUGUGACAAUCAGGGUCCUGACACCCCAAGGGGAGAACAGGGUCUGAACCCCAAAGAAUAAGGUGUUGAAUCAACUGGUUUUAUGCAACUGUAAAAGUGUAUCAAGUAAAGUCUUUUAUGAAACGGUCUGAACAUGAUGAUCAUUAUGAGACUUGUACACAGCCUGGGGUUCUGUAUGUAUUUCUGUCUAUAGAAUAGUAUGCUCAUGGCCGGCACUGCGAUGCCAAGUACGCCUCGCAGCAGGGAGCGGAUCCUCCCUAGCUAGCUGUUCACAUGAAGCUUAGGCCUUGUCUACACUACAAAGUUUUGUCAACAAUAGUUACGCCGCUUUAAUUAAACCACUAUUGCAUGUCCACACUAUGCUCUUUGUGUUGGCAGAGUGCAUCCACACUAGCAGCUCUUGCAUCGACACAGAGAGCAGUGCAUUGUGGUAGCUAUCCACUGUGUAACUGGCUGCAAGGUGCUUUGGGAAGCGUUUGCAAUGCCUCAUGGGGCAGGUACAGCAUCACAUA